AUGAAAUGCAUCCGGAUUCUUCGUAUAAAAUCCAUCCCAAAUUUUUCAGCUCAGCUUUCUUUCUCCAACAUGCUCUUGUCGUCAUUGGUUCAGGGAGUUAUUUUGAUUUUCACAAUGUCAUCGAUAGCUGCAAUGAUACGCAAUGAAACAUGCGAACACUCGUCAGAAUGCUUAGAGGGUCUAAUCUGUGAGAAACAAAUAUGCAUUGAGUCACCGAUUCAGAAGCGGCAUCCAAGAUCUUUUCAUGAUAAUCCAAAGUCUCUUUGUGUUCUUCCACUUGUUUGUUUUCCAUAAUCAGUAUCUUUUUGGAGCAAUUAUUUGAAUAAAAUAAUGUUAAUACUAAAAUGAGACUCUAAAAAACCAUUUUACACAUUUUAUUGUAAUAGUCAGAGAUUAUUGUUGAGAAGAU